ACGAAAAAAAAAAAAAAGAGGUGAAAGAGAAAUUGUUAUGACAGAGUUUGUAUAGUUAACACCCUUUUUACAGUUCUAAUUUAUUAUAGAUUCCAAUUCAUAAGUUAUAGUAUAAAUCAAGAUGUUCAGAUUAGCCUUACGUUCUACUGUUGCACCAGUUUCCAGAUUAGCUUUAGCUUCCAAAUCAAUGGUUACACCAAUCAGAUUCUAUGCUGCUGCUCCAUUAACUAAAGAAGAAGUUACUCAAAGAGCCUUUGAAGCUUUAAAGACUGUUGCUGCUGUUCAAGAAUCCAAAUUAAGCUUAGAAGCUACUUUCAAACAAGAUUUAGGAUUAGAUUCUUUAGAUGUCAUUGAAACUUUAGUUGCUUUAGAAGAAGAAUUCGAUUUAGAAAUCCCUGAUAAGAUAUCUGAUGAAAUUAAAACUGUUGGUGAAGCUAUUGAUUAUAUUUUUGAAGAAGAACAAAAAUUAUAAGUAUGAAUAAGAUUAGUAUUGAUCUCAAUGAUUGAUAUCUAUCAUAUUUUCAUUCUUCAUUCAUUCAUUCAUUCAUCCAAUUUAUCCAUUCUUUCAUCUAUCCACCCAUCAUCAUCUUAACUUUUGUAUAUAAUAAUUCUUCUACGAAUCCUUUAGAUUUACCUUUUCUUUUUGUUAUAGCUUAUUUAUAAUGCAAUAAC